AUGACUGAAGGUGAUUAUCGAACCCUUACAAAUGUAUUGAAAAAACAGAGUCACAUUCUAAUUGAGGUCUUUCCCGAAGAUUUUGGUAAUAUGCCAAAUCUUCAUUUAAAUGUCCAUUUGCCAAAACACGCUAAAAAAUUUGCAACGCUUGUCAAUACAUCAGUGGGAGUAAAAGAAAUGGUCCAUCGCAUAUUCAAAGGAGUGGUACGACAUAAGAACGUUGAAAUGGAUCUUGUGAAAAAGUGGAUCGCAAAAGUACCAUCUAAGGAAUUGCUGCACAAAUUGUUAUCUAACUGGUAUGCAACUGAGGAACCCUUAUCAGAGGAAAAUAAUACUGAUGCUGAAG